AUGUCUUGCUACGAGUACAGUCCGCUAAAGCACCCUAAAAAGUUCAGACUACUCAAGGUCUGCUAUGGAACCCCAGCUCUUCGAAGCUACAAUCCGAAAAAAGCUGAAUUGGAACUUGUCCAUGCGAGGAUCGACCAGGCUCCCCCUUACGAGGCAAUCUCAUAUGUCUGGGGAAAUCCAAACAAAACACAUACGGCUUGCUUGGCUUUAGGCAAGACCUUGGCCAUCACGGAAACCCUGGAUCAACUUCUUCCCCACCUGAGGGCGGCUUCCACUACAGGCUAUCUCUGGAUUGAUCAAAUCUGCAUCAACCAGCAAGACCGCUCCGAAGUCAGCCAGCAAGUCGGGAUGAUGGCGGAUAUUUAUAAAGGAGCGCUUAAAACGCUGGUAUGGUUGGGGAAUGCAAACGAUGUUUCUAAUCUACUCAUCAGUACCCUCGACACUAUCAGCUCUCGAGAGAACAAGUUUGUGUUCCGCGAAGACCCCUACAAUGAAAGUUGGGAAGACGAAUCCCGACUCGUAUCCUAUCUUGAAAGUACCUUUGUGCGCCCAUGCUCUACGCACUCUGUGCCACAAAUGGAUGAUGACGAAACUUACAGCAUUGGUUCUGAAGAACAAGAUAUGGACUUCUGCCAUGCCUGUGUUUUGCAGGCUGCGAGUAAUAGAAGACGAGCUGCUUGUGCUUUCAUGAACAGGCCUUGGUUCUGUAGAUGCUGGAUCGUCCAAGAAGUCUUACUCUCUAAGGAAGUUAAGAUGAUGAUUGGGAGUCAGGCGAUUGCUCCGAACGAUCUCCUGAGAAUCUUGUACGCGAGCCUCUUCACUUCUUUGGAAGAAGACUUGGGGUUUGUGGAUAUCUGGGCAGAAACCUCAGGAAUGCGUCCCUUUUGCUUCAUGAUGGCAUUUUGGGACUAUUUGGAAAGAGGUAACUUCUCGACAUUUGGCGCUAUCUUGGACGACAUAAGAUGCUAUCGUGUUCGAGGAUAUUUGAAAGCAACAGACAAGCGCGACAUGAUUUAUUCCCUCAUAGGCCUUCAUCCCAACGGCAGAGCCCUGAUCACUCCGGACUAUUCUUUGUCAGUCGAGGAUGUCUAUACGGACACAACCAGGAGUAUCAUAGAGGAACAUCGCAACCUUAAGGUUCUCGGGAUAUGCGAGCAGUUUUACGACCAGGAGCCAACGUUAGCACUGCCCUCUUGGGUGCCAGACUGGUCUCGAGAAAUUUCUUGCAGGCCAUUAUGCAGCCCAAGUCGGGACAAUGAUCAUUUCGGGGCCUCCGGCGACUCCGAGCAUCAAGUCCAACCGAGAAUACUGUCACGUAAAUUAGUUGUUGCUGGUGUCUGCGUUGACAAAAUUACCUUCACCCAUCCAUACAAGCAUUUUCAACACGGACUACCCGAGAACAGGCUUCAAGGUACUGACGCUAAGGUUUCAAGCGUAGACACGACCGUGCCUACCGCACCAGCCGUGAAUGAGGAAACCAAAGAACGUCUGGCUCAUCUUCUCAAUGGUCUAGAAUUCGAGGGCCUACCAAUCAAUACCACCGACAAAGACUAUAAUACCCAGGAAAGAAGCAAGAUACUGGAGCAGUAUGCCGCCGGAAGGUCCAUCUGUUAUGGGACAAGUGAACGAGUUGGCCUUUCCCCUCUGCCCACAGUCACUGGAGAUAUGAUCUGGGUAAUUCGUGGUUGCCCCGUCCCAAUUGUUCUUCGCCAGUUGCUUGAAGGGGAAUAUCAACUUGUGGGCGCUUGUUGUCUGGAGGGGUUCAUGAAGGGUGAGGUCUGCGAAAAGAUUCAGGCGGAAGUCUGCACAAUUUGUUUAGUAUAA